CGUUUGUUUCGAAAAGACAUCGAAAGUCUGGCAGUCGAGAGGCGCAUGUUGAUAUUGAGUCUUUGCCUCUCGCAGCUCGUCGCCAUAUCAUUCGCACCAUGAGUUCAAAGCCAGUGGCUCGGCAGCGCAUCGUGCCUGCCAUCCCUCAUCGACUCACCGUCCGCCGCGCAAAAGUCGUUCCCGCAGGCAAGAGCGACCAACAAAUCCCCGACGACAAGCCAAAGAGCGCAACACCUUCCGCCGACGAGCACAAAGCUGAAGUGCGCGUAAAUGGUGUCCAACAUGAAGAUGCGCCCAAGCAUGACGACCCUGCGCCUUUGCCCAACGGAACCAAAGACGAUGAAGUCAAACAGCCGCCUAUUGAAAAGGAGCCCGUCGCAGAGCCUGUCGCAAUGAAGAAGCUUGCCGAAGACAAGGAGCCCACUGAAAAGGAGGAGACCACUGAGAAGAUGGAGAUUGCUCAGAAGAUGGAGCCUGUUGAGAACAAGGAAAGCAAUGGAGUGACUGCUCCUCCCCGUCGCCAACAGCAUCACCAAGACGCUCAAGCUCGUCCUUUCGUUCCCAGACAUCAACCCAGACAAAGUGAAACUCUCGUCUUUGGCGGCUACCAAGACUCGUCCAGCGCAUCUCCUGCCAACCCUACCACUGCCUUCAUGCCUCCUCCACCAGUACCAGUCAUGCCCCCUUCAAUGGCUCCCUAUGAUGGCUACCCUGGUGCUCAGCAGUACACUUCUACUGUCCCCCCUGCACCUAUGGCUGUCAUGGGCCCUCCUCCCCAGGUCAACGGCCAUAGCUUUGCACACACCAACGGAACCGGAGUCCAACUCGGAAGCAUCUCAUCUUCCCCUUCACACACACCGUCCAUGCCGCUUGGUGAUUCUGCUGUCGCUACCCCUGAUGCUCUCACCGCCCACAAGCUUCACGCACCGCACCAUUCGACUUUCACUAUGCCACCUUUCGACGCCAAUCUCCAACACCUUGUCGAAUUCGUUUCUUCAUACUUCGGACAGCAAGACUUCGCAGACUACGUUCUCGAAAUCUACUCUGGCAACCAAUCUUCCAACCCUGUCAUGUUGCCUGUGCACGGCAUUGUCAUCGCCCGUUUCCCUGGUCUUCUGAAGCUCGUCAACAGCCUCCCUCAGUCUCGCACUCCUCACUCCCGCGCCCCUAUCGUCCAUGUUCCUCGCAGCUAUACCUUCCAAGAUGCCAGCGCCUUCGCUGAUGCCAUGCGCUACGUCUAUGGAGGUUCGGUCAUCGAGCCCAUGCAUGUCUUCAACACCCCGGGCAGCACCCCGAGCAGCCGCAUGCGCUACAUCUUGUCGUAUCUUGCUGCUGGACAUUGCUUCAGUGCCGAAACUAUCGUUGUGCAUGCCUACAACAUUGCUUCACGCAUUCUCUCAUUCAACGAGCUUGAAGUUGUCCUGUUCUUUGCUAUCUGCGGCUAUUGUCUCAGCGAGCGAUGCUUGUACGGUCCUUACGCCGAUCAAAUUGUCUGGCAGGCUCUGUGCCUGAUUGUUUCCAACAUCUUCCCCGACUUUGUGCUCGACACUUCGGCUCCUGAAUUUGUUUCGCUACCCCGUCUCCCCGCCACUCCUAACUCGACCUCGACAUCUCAAUCUCGCCCCGAUUCACGCUCCUCUUCUGCAUUUGCUACCUCUGACGCCCAACGUCCCAUGUCAAGCAUUCGUUUCGGCUCAGCAACUCCUAGCAACUCGGACACAUCUUCGCCCAACUACAUCUUGUCAUCUGCGCUCCUCUCUCUGCCUUUUGAACUUUUGAAGAUGGUUUUGGAGCAUGAUAUGCUUGUUGCAAACCUGGGCAUUGAGACAUUGUUCUCAAUUGCCAGUGAGAUCGUGCGCGAGCGCGAGCGCCGUCGUGUCGAUGCUUGCAACUCAAUGCAGGAACAGAAGAGGAACCUUGAAGGUGUUCUUCUGAUGGGAGAAUCAGUGAGCCGUGACGCAACUGGCACCCGCCUCAAAUUGCACUGCACACGCUACGCUUGAUCCUCCAACCAUCAACUCUGCUUAUGGAACGCAUUCACGAGAUUUUGAGAUUCUGUUUUCUUCUCCUUUCUACUCUUUUUUUUUCUUCACUUUUUUUUCUUUGCUUUCUACUUUUCUUUUCUUCUCGGCACAAUGGAGCUCUUGGGUUUAUUAGAGCGCUGGCAUGGGGAGAAAUCCAAAAAGGGAGCAAGCACAUAACGCAAAACUUGCUGAUUCAGAGCGUUUGUUUUUUUACUUUUUUCUUUCCUUUAAUAAUUUCACAAGCAUGGCAUAUCGGCAUGACGAAGGUGCUCAAAAAAUGGGAAUGGGACCAAGUUCAAAAGAUACCAGUCAAUUCAAUCAAAAUCCAGUU